AUUAUUCACUCUUCGAUCGACCAUCAACAUGAAGGUAUUCCUUGUCCUUGUUCUGGCCCUUGCCUCUGCCUCCGCUGGCCUCCUGACCCAGGUGCAACCUGUGCACCCCAAGGACAGGGUUGUGGCUCCUUCGAUCGAGGGACGCAUCACCAACGGAAAGAACGCUAAGGAGAACCAGUUCCCCUACCAGGUGGGACUAAGCUUCUCCAGCUCUGACGGCGGCUGGUGGUGUGGCGGUUCCAUCAUUGCCAACAACUGGGUGGUGACCGCUGCCCACUGUACCAGCGGUGCCUCUUCGGCAACCAUCUACUACGGAGCCACUGUCCGCACCAGCCCCAAGUUCACCCACACUGUGGCCAGCAAGGACUUUGUCCAGCAUGCCAACUACAUUUCCCUGACGGUCCGCAACGACAUCUCCCUGAUCAAGACCCCGACCGUGUCCUUCUCGUCGGCCGUCAACAAGAUCGCCCUGCCCGCCAUCGCCAGCAGCUACUCCACCUAUGUGGGCAGGACCGCCGUCGCCUCUGGCUGGGGACUGACCUCUGACAGUGCCACUGCCGUGGCCAAGGAUCUGCAGUACACCGACCUCACCGUCAUCUCCAAUGCCGAGUGCCUUAAGUCAUUCAGCAGCCUGAUCGUGACCAGCCGCGUCAUCUGCGUGGCCACUCCCAACUCGGUUUCCACCUGCCAGGGUGAUUCCGGUGGCCCCCUGGCUCUGGAUGGAACUCUUAUUGGCAUCACUUCCUUUGGAUCCCCCGAUGGCUGCGAGGUCGGUGCCCCGGCUGCCUUCACCCGCGUGACCAGCUAUCUGGACUGGAUUAAGGCCAAUUCCGGAGUUUCCGCUUAGAUCAUAUUGUACAUUCUGGUGAAAAAUAAAUACAUUUUGUUUAAAUA